CCGUUGUUGAGGCGGCACUGCCCCGCCAAAAGGGCCCAUAGGGGUACCUCCCCAAGCUCCCGCGGCUGGUACCUCCCUAACAGCUUCUUGGCAGAACACGGCAUGCAUGGCUCGUGCGCCCCGAUGCUUAGCCUGUGAUUCCGGUCCUUGUCAACUCCAAAGCUCGACUUUAAGGAGACGCGAACCUGCAGCUUUGCGCACACGACCAUCCUCGAUACCGCACGCAAUUCCCCGAGCGUGACGACCGUUUACGAGCCGAGCUCAAUACAGCUACAAUCUUGAGGCGUAAUCGCGUCAAGUUCAUCAUCAAACUAUCAAAUAUCCUUUCAUCUAUCAGAAAACAUGGCGGACAAGCCAGCAGAGGUCGCUGCGACGAGAGAGAAGUUGGAGGCACAGAUCAAAUCUGCAGACAUGACGGAUGAUAUGCAGCAGGAGUGUAUAGAAGUUGCUCAGGAAGCCAUGGCCAAGUUUACCAUUGAGAAGGAUAUUGCACAGCACAUCAAGCGAACAUUUGAUGAGCGAAAGGGCCCAACCUGGCACUGCAUUGUCGGCCGAAACUUCGGCAGCUUUGUCACUCAUGAGACUAAGCAUUUCAUAUACUUUUAUCUCGGCCACUGCGCCAUCCUGCUCUUCAAGACGCAGUAAACCCUAGAGCGAUGAAUACACGAGAAUAGAAUAUGACACUUGCGAGAGUUGCGACCACGGCUGUUCUUGUUUGAGGCGUGGAAGCGGCGUCAUAAACAUGGGGGAAAGUGUUUGAUGUGCACUUUGCGGCUUCUUCUUCAGAACUUGAAUUAUUAUUGUGUGUAUUAUCAAAAAUAGAGAUGAAGUUUUAUUCUCAUCACCAAGCAAGCUGCAUCUAGCUAUUAU